CCUGACCCGGAAGUUGUUUUGAGACGCGGCUAGCAGAAACGGUUUUAUCGUUGAAUGGACUGAAAGAGUUAUUUUCUGGAUUAAAACUUCAUUUCUAAGUUUUUAACGUAGAAAUCAGAGGUUUACGUCGCCGUGGGAAGGCAGGAGAGGAGGCAGUCAUGGCUCACAUCACCAUCAACCAGUACCUGCAGCAGGUUUAUGACGCCAUCGACAACCACGACGGCUCGUUCUGCGCCGAGCUGCUCUCCUUCAAACACCCGCACGUGGCCAACCCCCGACUCCAGCUCGCCAGUCCAGAAGAAAAGUGUCAGCAGCUUCUGGAGCCGCCGUACGAUGAGAUGGUCGCCGCUCACCUCAGGUGUACCUACGCUGUGUCCAAUCACGACUUUGUGGAAGCCUACAAGUUCCAGACGCUGGUCGUUCAGUCGUUCCUGAGAGCCUUCCAGUCCCACAAAGAGGAGAACUGGGCUCUGCCUGUGAUGUUCUCAGUCACCCUGGACCUCAGGAUAUUCGCCAACAACGCGGAGCAGCAGCUGCAGAAGAAGGGCAAAGGUCAGCCGGGGGAGAUGUUGGAGAAAGCUGCUGAACAGCUGAUGAGCUGCUUCAGAGUGUGUGCUAGUGACAACCGAGCGGGGAUCGAGGACUCCAAGAAGUGGGGGAUGAUGUUUCUUAGCAACCAGCUGUUCAAGAUCUACUUCAAGAUCAACAAGCUCCACCUGUGUAAGCCUCUGAUCCGAGCCAUCGACAGCUCCAACCUGAAGAACGACUACAGCCCGGCGCAGAAGGUCACCUACAAAUACUACGUGGGCCGCAAGGCCAUGUUCGACAGCGACUUCAAGCCAGCUGAGGAGUUCUUGUCCUAUGCCUUCCAUCACUGUCAUGGCUCCAGCCAGAAGAACAAGAGGAUGAUCCUCAUCUACCUGCUGCCUGUCAAGAUGCUGCUGGUGAGUUAGUCGCUAAGGCAAGACAGACAGACAGACAGACAGAC